AUGCACAGUUUAACCAAGAAAAAUAAUCCAGAAAUGCCGGUGGAGACGGAUGAAGACGAUUUUGUGAUGGUUGGAAAAACAAGCCAGAAGGCAGAAACUAAGGGAGAACCCACUUCUGAUCAAAUAGAGAAAUCAUUAAAAAGAUGCAGAGAACGACUAGACGAUAUGCCGAAAGACCUACAUAAGAAUGCCCUCAAAGUAGCCUUGUUCUUCUUCGUCUUCGCACUUGUCAUCAGCCUCACCGAGAGAGUCACCCACUUGCAAAUUCGCAACAACUCAUUGGAAAAGGAAAAGACUGAAGGAUUGGAAACGAUCUCGCAACUCCAAGACGAACUCGACAAAAUGAAGGAGAUUGAGAAUCAAUGGCUUAUCAAAGAAGAGAUGAAGCAAGAGGCCAGCGGUGCUGAAACUGAUCAAGAUGAGGAUUUGAAAUUCUAUAGAGAAUGGGGAGAAAGCAAUCGUGUAUUGAAAAUGAAGUUGAGACAGACCUAUGAGAAAUUGAUGGAAGACAAAUUCGCGAAUAUUGUAAUGCCCGCCUUCUUGUUCAUUUUCGCAGUCUUAAUGGGAGUCGCCAUCAGAGACUAUCAAAUUAGGAAUGAGACAGAAAAGACCAGAAAAGAACGUGCAGCAGUUGCUGCAGCGAUCGUCGCCUCCGCAGCCACAGAAGCCACCAAGGAAGAAGAAGGCGUUGAGGAAGAAGAGGAAGAAGAAGAGGAAGAGGAGGAGGAUGAUAAUGAUGAAGAAGAAGAAGAAGAAGGUGAUCAGAAUGAAGACGAGGAAGAAGGAGCAGUCAACGAGGAGGAGGAUGAUGAGGAUGAGGACGAUGAGGAUGAAGCUGUUGAUUCUGAAUAA